AUGGACGUCAAACCCACAGCGACAACGCGGUCGCGCCGCCGCAAGAUCCUCUGCAUCGUACUCCCCCUCGUCAUCGUUAUUGUCCUCGCCCUCGCACUCGGUCUGGGAUUAGGACUAGGCCUCAACUCUGGCGGCGACGACGACAACGACAACAACAACAACAAUCCCGGCGGCACGCCUCUCCCCUCUCCCAACACCACCCUCCCCUGGACCCCCUCGGUAGCCUCAACAUGGCAAAUCAUUCUCUCGCACCCUCCCGACAUGUCCUCCAACAGCGCUCUAACCCCCAACGUAAGCGUCUACGACAUCGACCUCUUCGACACCCCGAAAUCCACAAUCGACGCGCUACGCGCCCAGGGCAUCCGCGUGCUGUGCUACUUCAGCGCAGGCAGCUACGAGAACUGGCGGACCGACGCCAAGGAUUUCAAAGACGCCGACUUGGGUAAGCCGCUGGAUGGCUGGCCCGGUGAGAAAUGGAUUGAUCUCAAGAGCGAGAAUGUGAGGAAUAUCAUGAAGACGAGGGUGCAGUUGGCAAAGGACAAAGGGUGCGAUGGAGUUGAUCCGGACAAUGUGGAUGGAUAUCAAAAUGACAACGGCCUCGGACUGACCUCCGCGGACUCGAUCGCCUUCAUGCAAUACCUCUCCAACAUCACCGCACCCCUCGGCCUCGCCCUCGGCCUCAAAAACGCCGGCGACAUUGUCCCCACCGUCCUCCCCAUCGUCCACUUCUCCGUCAACGAAGAAUGCGUCAAGUACAGCGAGUGCGCCAAAUUCUCCCCCUUCAUCGACGCGGGGAAACCCGUGUUCCACAUCGAGUAUCCGGACGGCGCCGGGGCGCAACAAGGGUUGCGCGAAAACAUCCUGACCGACUACUGUGCUAAGAGCGGAAAGGGAGAGGGCAGCCAGCGGUUUAGCACCGUGCUAAAGAAGAUGGAGCUCGAUGGCUGGGUCGAGUAUUGCGAUGGCAGUGUUAAUGUUACCGAUAUCAAUGAGGCCGUAGGUGGCGGCCGGAACAAUAGUUCAAACUAA